AUGCGCUCCGCGAUGUCGGCGCUGGCGUGGCUGAGCUUGCGGCGUGAUAUCUUCACGUUAAUUGUGCUAGCAUGGCUCGUGUCUGCCGCUUCUCCGCGGAAGGUCGCCCCUCCUUCCAUGCUGGAGCUGGGCGCUCUGCCAGACGUGGAGGAGAUGCUGCCGGAAGAGGAGCCACCUAACCUUUGGGACUACUCUGAACCGCUGGUGAAGAAGGCAACAACGCUAGAGAACUACCCGGACCCGUUGGUUAACCCCAAGGAGUGCAAUCGUCCCGGAGUGCGGGAGUCUUACAUCUGCGACCCGGAUCGCAUUCUGAGCGAGGUCGAAGCCGACCGUAUAGACGAGGUGUUGAGUCUGCAGCGAAACGGCUCCUCACACCAUUGCGAGGGCUUAGGCGAGGUUCCUGUGCGGUUAGGGGUUGCAAUCAUCAACUGGCUGCCCGAGGAAGACAUGCACACUUUGGCCAACGAAUUGCUGGAACGUUGGCGUCUGAGUCACGAGAAGUGUGCCGACGGCGUGUUGCUUCUGUUCGUCGUACGGCACAAUGCCGUUGUUAUAAGUUGGGGCAAGGGAGUGGAGCCAGCGAUUAACGCAAGGGCGGUGUCCUCCAUAUCUGCGAUUUGUCGCGACAUGCUAGAGAGGGAGAAGGUGUCGGUUGCGAUCGACCGUUGCACUUCCUUUGUGACCAAGCGGUUGACGGGUGUGAUUCUUCCAUCACAGGAGAUUCCUCAGAUGCUGGUGACACUGGUGAUUGCUUCUAUAGUGGCGCUAUUUUACUGCAUGAUAAUCGUAUCAAGUUUGGCAUCGCCGGCCUUUCUCUGGCUCGGAUUCUGGGCCUGCCUUCGCUGCUCGCAGCCGGCCGGCGGCUUAGGCAGCAGAAUACGCAGCCUUCUCCCAUAUAAUCACGCAUAUAUCUCCCCUUGUAGUUCGUCUGCCCAGAGAUGUGAUCGUCGGCGGCAUUUUUACUCGCUGUGCGCCACCAGGGAGCAUUCAGCGGCGAUGCUGCCUAACGACAUCACCGUUGUUAACAACCAGAGCGACCAUGUUGUUGACGAGACGCUAAUACACGAUGUGUGUGAGCUAUAUCGGUCAAAGCUAGGCUUUCCGGACUUCAGCGUGGAUGUCUUGUUCUUAAAUGCCGAUGCCAUGACCGAAGCUAAUAUGCGCGCCUUCGGCAAGAACUGUCCUACCGAUAUCAUCUCGAAUGCGGCCAAUUCGCAGCAUAUACGGAAGGAUUACCACCUUAACCGCUCGCCGCAGCAGGUGGCGGAGUCCCGCCACCUCGGCGAGAUACUGAUCUGCCCAGCUUAUGUGCUAACGCAGAUGACACAACGCCAAGAUAGGCCUGUGGAAGGCAGCAUGCCAACGCAAGGACUGCCUAAUGACGUUGCCAAUCUAAGUCAUCGCGGUGUGGCCGUGCGUAUGCAGGCCAUUUCCGAUUUGAACGAGCGGUUAUGCUAUCUGCUGGCUCACGGUUUCCUGCACCUGCUAGGAUACGAUCACGUGGCCGAUUCGGACUACGAAGAGAUGCUGGCCGAGGAAGACGCUUUGCUAGAUGCAUUUGUCACAUUCUACCGGGCGCGAAGCGACGAGCAACUUACGCGUUAA